AUGACUUCCUCAGACGCAAAAGCACAAGCUAAAAAGGAAUUUGAAGAUGUUUUUGUUACACUCGCUGAAGAAUUCUUGGCAAAUGUGAACUCUCGAAAACUUCCAGAGGAAGCAAUUGAAUGGAUUAGAAAGAACAUUUAUCAUAAUGUUUGCGGAGGAAAAAUGAAUCGUGGCAUGUCCGUGGUCGAUUCGCUUAAAAUUUUAAAAGGUGAUGAGGCUUCCGCUGAAGAACUUUUCAAAGCGAGAGUUCUCGGAUGGUGUGUGGAAUGGCUACAAGCUUUUUUCCUCGUCGCUGAUGAUAUCAUGGAUGCCUCUAUUACACGUCGUGGAAAUCCUUGCUGGUAUAAAAUGGAAGGAGUUGGCACUAUCGCAAUUAAUGAUUCGUUUAUUUUGGAAUCUUCAGUUUAUUUCUUUUUGAAAAAAUAUUUUCGUCAAGAAUCCUACUAUGUUGAUUUGUUAGAAUUAUUUCAUGAGAUCACUCUAGAUACUGAAUUGGGUCAAUUAAUUGAUUUGAUUACCGCACCCGAGGAUAAUGUUGAUUUGAACAGAUUUUCUAUGGAAAAGUAUAAAUGUAUUGUAUUGUAUAAAACGGCAUUCUAUUCUUUUUAUCUUCCGGUUGCAUUGGCUAUGCAUAUGGCAGGUAUAAAAAAUGAAUUGGCAUUUCAAAAAGCAAAAGAUAUUUUGCUACCAUUGGGGGAGUAUUUUCAAAUUCAAGCUUUGUUAAUAGCAUCACCUGAACAAUAUAAUCUUUUAAGUAAACAUUAUGGUAAAAAAAAUUCUGAAGAUGUUUUAAUUAUUAAACAAAUUUAUAAAGAUUUAAAUCUUGAGAAAUUGUAUAGAGAAUAUGAAGAAAAUUCUUAUACAUUUUUAGUUGGAUUAAUUUCUCAAUUAGAUGAAGAUAUUAUUAAAAAAGAUAUAUUUUUGGAAUAUAUAAAUAAGAUUUAUAAAAGAAACAA